CGAUGCAAGUUAUAUGUUUUGAGUGCUGUUCGUCGCAGUUUCGAACGAAUUUUCUGAUAAUUAAGUAUGCGAUCAUCGUUACGCUGAGAUAAACCACAAUCAAUUCCGAGACGUUAUCUGGAGUGUCGAGCGCAAGGCAGAGAAGGAAUAGAAAAGAGCAGCGAUUCUUUCCUGACGAGAGCGAAAAAUGGAGGACGAACGCUUAAUUAGCAAGGACACGAAGACAAAUGAGAAUACUAAGGCUAAACAUAAGGAAACUUUAGGCUUGACCACUACAGUAGCCUUAGAUACUCUGCAUCGUGAUGUUAGACGUGUCCUACAGGAGUAUGAAGAGGAUCACAGAAAAAACAAAAAAUAUAGAGCUUGGCUUAAGGACACUUUGCAUCAUCGCAGCCAAUAUACAACGCUCUGCUGGACCUCUGCAAUCGCGCUGUUGAUCAAUGCUGUUAUUCUCAUCAUUGCGUUUUUUACGCUUAAUGAAACAUGGUAUUCAACACUGCCAUACGAAGGACUGAUAGUCUGUUGUUUAGUAGUAUUGAAUUUUAUCUUAGUGGUAUCGGAUAAUAAAUUACGACAUGAAGAAAUUCCUCAUAGAGUAAAAAUUCUUCUAGAUGAACUCAAUGUUGCGCGUUCCACGUGUCAAUGGAGAUCGGAGAACUAUCCACAUUUGUGCAGUCCGCAAUCCCCUUGUUUGACCUUGCAGUGGACAUAUCGUGACGGUGAAGUAGUCAACUUGCCGUGGGCCUUAUUAGUGGCCAGUGACAUCAUCGUGAUGAAGCCAGGCCAGCAAGCACCUGGAUAUUGUGUGCCGUAUGAUGAUUCAGAAGCGCCUGUUUUACACGCAAGGGAGACUUACAGUGCGCCGGUACACAGUGCAAACGAAAUCUUCUCCACGCCGCAGUCCCGCAUACCUCUCAAAAGUAAAAUUUACAAACUCCAGGAAACACCAUACUUGGUGAAUCUGCGAAUGGCACUUGAUCAAGCUCUCGAUCGACCGGUCACUUAUUACAAUCGCAAGCGUCAUUUACUGAUGAUCUGCUGCAUUGAGCACUUGACCUAUCCGAUACUCGUGAUCGUUAUCCUCGUGGUCAAUUUGCUCCGUUAUCUAUAUUUGACAGACUACUUUGGCACCGGCCACUGGAGCGAGAUGUUUCUGUUACAACCUAUUGCUGUGAGUCUUCCGUUGCUACCGUUGGUGUUUCCCGCCUGCUGGAUAUUCCUCAAUUCCUUCGGCAUGGCUCGCUUCAAAACGCUGUUCAAGCUAUAUCUGUCUGCAAAAAAGCUCCAGUUUGUAGAUCCUUUUGAAGACGCGGAUAUUAAUGGUCCCAGUCAUCCGGACAUAGUGUACAACUGGCUGGAACUUAAAGAAUAUUUCUUCGAUAUUCUUUUUGGCAACGAGCACAUGAUGUCACGAUCGGCGAGCAUUCUUCACGUUCUGGGCUCUGUAACCGCGUUGUGCUGCGUAGAUAAGAAGGGACUUCUCUCAUGGCCUAAUCCUACAGCGGAGAAAGUAUUUUUCCUACGUAACGCCAAUAUUUUGUCGCCGAGCUCGAGUACCGGCAGCGUGGACAAGACGACUGACAAGAACCAGGAGUCUGAGGAGACCAAGGUGAACUCCAACAGAACGUCUUACGUACAGCAUGAUAUGUCGCACUCCACCGCCGAGGUCCUGGAUCUCACCCACGAUCACGCCCUGCCGUUCCGACUGCAGUUCGAUGACCACUCGUGGCGGCAACAUCUGAAUUCGCUGAAGCCGCUCGGUCUGGCGAUCCUUCUCAACACGUGCAACAUGGAUACGCAGGAGCACUACACACAAUUUUGUUGCCAUGUUACUUGCGAGGCUCUCUACAAUGAGAACUUGGUUCCGGUGACGAACAGACGAUGUCUGUGCGAAUUGGCGAAGCAGAUCGGUUUUCAGGAUCAAGCGCAGAAAAUCUUCCAACUGGAGCAGCAACUAUGUACAUUUAGACAUGUACAACCGGAGAUGGUCAGACGGGACAUAAAGUUCGCGCGUUCACUGAGCAUUGCGACAAAGCUGAAGUUCCCGUUUCCUCACAUGGUCGCCGUGGUCGUAAAAGAGCGCAGCGGUGGUGGUCUACAAUUAUUGACACAAGGAACGGCCGACAUAAUUCUGGACUCGUGCAUCGAGUACUGGGAUGGUCACGAUCUCUGCCCUCUUUCCGCAUCAGAUAGGAAAAAGGUACAAGACUUCUACCAGAGAACGAGCUUGACCUCGUAUUGUACCGCAUUCGCCUAUCGACCGCUGACGCGCGCUAUUAGCAACAACAUGUCCGAGAUAUAUCUGGAGCUACCAGCGGAUAGCAAACACUUGUACACACCCCAUAGGAGUCCAACUCCUUUACCGUGGGACUUCAGAAACGUUCUCGAUCCCAGAGUACGAGGAAUACUAGGGCAGUUUCAUUCAACAGAUUCCUUACUGUGUAACGAAAAUAAGGAUGACGAUGUGAACGAUAUUGAAGGCUGCUUCGAGGUGCAAUGCAAUCAAGUCUUCAUCGGAAUGGUUACUAUGCAAUAUCAGGCACAAACCGAUAUGGUACAAUUGAUUGAGCAAUUGGAUAGGGCAUGCAUAAGAUUUGUGCAUUUCAGCAAGGAGAACGAACUGCGCUCGCGUGUUUUCUCAGAGAAAAUGGGCUUGGAGAGUGGCUGGAAUUGUCACAUCUCGUUACUCAGCGAAGGGGCCAGGAGACAGCAAUGGCUGAAGAGAUAUCCGCAUAUGCCCCCGUCGUAUAUGUCCGAGAGUCCAGUGGGUUGGUGGGUGAGCCAGGCAGCAGCCAUGUCCUCACCCACUCCCUCACCCACGGCCCAAUCUCAUCAGCCUAAUUACUCCUGCAUGGACGAGGCCAGCCACUUGCUUAAUCGUGUCUUACCUCGCACCAAUCUGAACAACAGCCGAGCGAUGAGCAUGUCAGCGCCAAGUGCUAUCAACACGGACUUCUCGACAGUGAAAUUCGAUGACGAAACAACCGAGUGGAACAACACAGGAACGUCGCAGGUCAAGAGCACGAUGAGCCACAGGGAGCAGGACACGGUGAGGAGCGAGGACAGCGUUUUGGUGCAAAGCGUCGAUUUGGGAUCAGGCCAGGAAGCUUGGAGGUCUUUGAGCUGCCUCACCGACAGCACUGAACAAAGUGCGCCGGUCAACUUCGAUCUAUCGAACAGAGCUAAACUACCGAGGGGCAUAGACAAGAUACGUCCGCAUAUCGAGCUGAUAGAUAACGUUCCUUUACUCGUGUCCCUGUUCACCGACUGCAACACCACAGUGACUCGUGAGAUGUUGCAUAUAAUGCAGGAUUACGGCGAGGUAGUGUGUGUGCUUGGCUCCUCUGCCAACGCUGAGAAUAUGCCCAUUUUCAUGCAGGCUGACGCAGGAGUGGCGGUGGAACCCUUGUACCCCCAGGUGUGUCAGAAGGUGCCGGUGUUGGUGCCUACCACAGAGAGCCAAGGAAUUUCUCCCGUUGAUCUAAGUAGAGCGCUAAACUCUGUCGCGUGUUCACUGAGUGUGAAACGAGAGGAUCCUGUGGCAAUUUUUCAUCUCAUUAUGGAGGCUCGUCAUUACAUGAAGAAUCUAUGGAAUUGCAUACAAUUUUGGCUGUGCUGUGUAAUUACGCUCUCGUUUGUGCAAAUGCUGUCGGCGUUUCUACUGCUGCCGCCGUUGUUCUCCAUUGAUCAAAUACUCUGGCUGUGCUGCUUGAUAAUUCCCGUAUUGUCGACAUCUAUGAUCGCCACGCCGAUAGAUUCGACAAUAAUGCAACGCGCGACCGGGAAGAAUCAAUGCGUGGUCAAUGGAGAGGUCACGCUAUUCGUGCUAUGGUGUUACGGCAGCAAGUUCUUGCCGACGGUGAUCACGGUGAUCCUCUCGCAAUGCAUUUCGUUCCUGACGCUUUGCCCCGUCUACGUACCACAGAACUCCAAGUGCCUGUACAUAUAUCCGGACCCUCGAGACCAGAUUUGGGGCGGCUGGGGUAGCAAGCCGAUUGUCAUUCUGGUCGUACAGCAUUUCGCUCUCACGCUUAUAGUCCUGCACUUCGUUAUGAUAUCUGUUAGCUUCGUGCACAGGGAAUACUCAAUAUGGAAGAAAAAUCCUAUGAGUAAUUGCACCUGGUUUCUUGGUGUAUUUAUUGUAUUGUGCGUGCAAGCGAUGUUCUCUGGUAUAGCGUUCCGCAAGUUUUGGAGAGAAGAGGGUAAGAAAAUUGAAAACUUCCCAUUACACGUGCCAUUAUUCUUUUUAUUCUCUGUUCCGUUGACGUUUGCAAUUAACGAGUUAAUCAAGUGGCAAGAAAUCAAAGUGAACGUUAGAUAUCAAAAAAGGGCACGUUUGGAAUUUGGCACAAAGCUGGGAAUGAAUUCGCCAUUUUAAUUCAAUUUGCAGCAUCAAUUUGACGUCUUCGAAAUACCAAAUGCGUUUUAAAAGAUAUACGGGUAUAUCGUUAAGUGUAUAUAUUAUUAGCGUGUAUUAUGAAAGUACUGAUAUUGUGGUUCAGUUGCUGCAAACUCGAGAAGUCCGAAGGGCUUGAGGAUCUUUAAGAGCUUCAUGCACUUACAACGCUGUAUUAAAUAUUGCCAAAUUCAAUUAGAGUCGAAAAAAGCAUAUUUUUCUAUAGCAAUGUGCGUAUUUAUAUUUUGCGACGAUCGAUUAUCGAUUGCGAAUUUAAACGAGCGCCAUGAACGAGUUUUCUAUCUCGUUUUAUCAAACUGUUUCGAUAAAGCGGUUCUUUUUUGAGGAUAAAUUACUUACAGGAAGCCGUAAAUCAUUGGAGCACAUUAUUUCUCUCGCUCCUGAUUCUAUCAUUCGAGAUGUCCUACAUAGGUAUCGCUUUAAGUUACAUUAAAAAAAAAUUAUUUUAAUAGUUUAAAAAUUAUAGGAAGAUUAUUUCGUUUUUCUAGUAUCCAUAGUAAUGCGAGCGUGCCUGAGAAGUCUGAGACAUCUUGCAUUUGACGAUUUUACAAUUAGUAUUAUGUAAAGUACUUAUACAUAUGUUCCUACUGAUAAUUUUGAUAUCCUCGUUGACGUUCGAUUUCGCCCGAGCUUGUAGAAUCGCACAGUUAACAAAUUGGGCGUUUUUAGCAUUUGGACGCAACGGUAGUUAUUUAUUUGCCAUGAUCGCAGAUUAGUGAGGACUUUAGCGAAUUAAAUGUAAUUCUGCGAACUGAUUAUUAGAUAGCCACUUCGAACUAAAUUCGAGUUGUAAUAGUGAUAGUCUCGCUGGUACGAGACAACGCUCUGGUUGUGUGAUAGUAUUCGAUCAUAUUUGAGAGAGAGGGAAGAUUGCAUAGGUUUCUUGAUUUCCAACCGAUAAAGUGGAAUGUAAUCCUAAUCAUGAUUUUCAGAACAGCCAAGCUUCCACAAUUAAUCGAGUUCUCGCAAACUUAAUUUCUUCCUUUGCACUAAUUAAUUUUGACUAUUGAUACUAUACAAACAUGC